CAGAAGAAAAGUUGCAUAUAAACACUUCCACUUGCCAACCAGUAGCAGCUCCUCUUCGCCGUCCCUGAAGAAGUUGGUGGUACACACGGUGGCCGGUUCUAUACACAUUUCAACCCCAGCCUCAAAGCCUCAGAUCUCUACCUUGUUGCUUAACAGAACUCUGAAUUCCCUAUUUUGCCAUUUUUCUCUGCAUUUUUACACUACUAGAUCACCACCCACCCACCCUUGCUCGUCCUACAUUUCGAGUCGCCAUGGCGGCUCGAUCUCUGCUUAUUCUGGCAAUGGCGAGCCUUCUCGUGGAGGAGAGCUUAGAAAUUACAUUCUCGUCGAAGCUGAUUCAUAGAUUCUCUGACGAAGUGAAGGCGCUUAGGGUUUCGGAGAAUGAGAGCUUGAGAAUGAGUAACUUAUGGCCUGCGAAGAAGAGUGUGGAGUAUUACCAGAAGCUCGUCAGCAGUGACCUUCAGAGGCAGAAGAUGAAGCUCGGACCUCGUUACAAUUUUCUCUUCCCUUCCGAAGGCAGCACAACGACGUCGUUUGGAAAUGACUUUGGAUGGUUGCAUUACACCUGGAUUGAUAUAGGGACACCUCACACAUCAUUUCUUGUUGCACUUGAUGCUGGGAGUGAUCUAUUAUGGGUGCCUUGUGAUUGCAUGCAAUGUGCCCCUCUAUCUGCAAGUUACUAUAGUAGUCUGGAUAGAGAUCUGAGUGAAUAUAGUCCUUCUCAUUCAAGUACCAGCAAGCAUCUAUAUUGCAGCCAUCGGUUAUGUGAAUCAGGUCCAAACUGCAAAAGCGUUAAGCAGCCAUGCCCUUACUCUGUUGAUUAUUACACAGAAAACACAUCAAGCUCAGGAUUGCUGGUUGAGGACAUACUACAUCUUGCAUCAGAUGGUGAUGAUGCAUUAAAUACUUCUGUGCAGGCUGCAGUUGUCAUAGGAUGUGGCAUGAAGCAAAGUGGUGGUUAUUUGGAUGGGGUUGCACCUGAUGGUCUGAUGGGCUUAGGACUAUCAGAAAUUUCAGUUCCCAGUUUUCUUGCUAAAGCAGGAUUGAUCAGAAACUCUUUCUCAAUGUGCUUUGAUGAGGAUGACUCGGGGAGAAUAUUUUUUGGUGAUCAAGGACCCACAACCCAGCAGUCUACUCCAUUCCUGACUCUAGAUGGGAAUUACACAACAUACAUCGUGGGAGUGGACGCCUGUUGUGUUGGCAGUUCUUGCCUGAAGCAGACAAGCUACCAGGCACUAGUUGAUACUGGCUCAUCAUUUACAUUUCUUCCAGAUGAGGUUUAUGAGAGAGUGACUGAGGAGUUUGACCGACAAGUGAAUGCCACGAUCUCCAGCUUUGAAGGUUAUCCUUGGAAAUAUUGCUACAAAUCCAGUCCAAAUUACUCUCCGAAAGUUCCAUCUGUGAAGCUCAUUUUCCCUCUAAACAACAGCUUUGUGAUCCAUAAUCCUGUUUUUAUGAUCUAUGGCAUUCAGGGAGUUGCUGGGUUUUGUUUAGCCAUACAACCGACCGAUGAAGAUAUUGGAAUCAUUGGACAAAAUUUCAUGACGGGAUAUCGAAUGGUAUUUGAUAGGGAAAACUUGAAGUUGGGAUGGUCACACUCUAGUUGUGAAGGUCAAAAUGAUGGUAAGAGGAUGCCUCUUACUUCUCCCAAUGCGGCGCCAGUUAACCCAUUACCAACAAACGAGCAGCAGAGCACUCCUGGAGGACAUGCAGUUUCACCUGCUGUUGCUGGAAGAGCUCCAUCUAACCCGUCAGCUGCCUCAGCCCAACUACUCGAAUCCCAUUUUUAUUUGAAGUCAUUGCUGCUGGUGUUGCUGCUUCACAUACUUAUUUAGGUUUUUUGAGUAAAUUCUGGCUGCCUUCUAUAAAGAUAAGUCUUAUUCUUCUCACAGCUGUCUUCUACUUGUAAAUUAAGCUUGUACUUUUCUAUAUGUAUACACAAUAUCAGUAGAUCUGUCCUGGGAUCCAAUGCCAUAAGUUUUUUUUCCCCUCCUUAAUGGCGUGUGGUAGAACAGGACUUGUAGGGCGCAUACAGCACUUAGAUAUAUUAAUAUCUCUUGUUUAUGUCA